AUGACGCUUGAUGCUCAGAUCGAACAACUCAUUGCUGAGGCUGAAGGCCUUGAGAUCAAAGCGGAGAAUGGCGAUCAGGCUCUAUACUCAGGUGCCAUUAGAGCAUGGGAGGAAGCGACCCUUAUAGCCGAAAAUCAUUACGGCAAUUCCAGUGUGGAGACUUUAAACUUACGGGAAUGCCUGGCGGACAGUCUCAGGAAUGCUAAGGAUUUUCCAAAGGCGAUAAUGUGCGAGCUGAAAAAUGAGCAGUGGACUCUCGAGAACUACAAGCAGUGUCAGAGUCCGUCUCGAGAGAUUAGCGCCUUGGCCCGGGAUGCUAAAGAAAGGCAUCUGAACGCUCAAAGACGACUAGCAAGGACCUAUUUAGAGAGUAAACAGUAUCCGGAAGCGAUCCGAUGGUUCCGAGCAGUUGUCAACGAUAGAAACAUACCAAGGUCAGCUGAGCAAAGAUGUAAAGACCGAGUAGAUCUUGCUUCGGCUUUGUACACAUCUGGUAGGGACCAAGACAUCAUCCGCGACAUCAUGGAAGCGAUAGACCUGAACAUUGAGACCUUGGGAAGAGCAGAUGCGAGUCUAGGAAAAGAUCAUAUCGAGUCUGUGAACAUCAGAUACAACCUAGGCAGGGAGUUGUAUGGUCUGAAGAAGUAUGGCGACGCACUGGAGAAGUUUCGCGAGGUAGUCGAAAUUCUCCAGUUAAAAGACUGCAAAGCCAGAUCAGCGCCUAAAUAUCAAGAUUAUCUCGAAGAUGCAGAGUUCUCGCUUAAGAACUGCAAGACCAAAAUCGCUCGACAAGAAAAGGCAAGACGCCGGAUUGCCUCAGAGAAAGAAGAGGAGCUCAAGAUACAGAAAGCUGAACAGAAGCGAGCUCAAGAGGCUGUUGCCCAACAAGAAGAGGUUGCUAGAUAUGUGCGAUUGCGAAUAGCGGAAGAAGAAAAACGGAAACAGGACGAAGAUGCAAAGAAGCAGACGCGAGCGAGGGAGAUGAUUGUCCAGCAAGAAGAAGAAGAAGCAAAGAAGGUUCGAGCGCGCUUAGCAAAAGAAGAGAAGAGAGAACAGGAAGAAUCCGCAAGGCGAUCAGCUGCAGAAGAGGCGUUAAGAGUACAAAAAGAAGAGGCCAAGCGAAUACAAAUGCGGGAAGAAAAAGAGGAGAGAAGGAAGCAGAAAGAGUUAGCAAAGCAAUCAGCAGAGAAGAAACGAACAGGGGAAGAAGAAGUCAUAAGAAGGAUAGAGACAUUGGAACCAGAGAAGAAAAAGCGUAAUGAUGGAGAUCGGAAGGGAUUAGCAGUACAAAAGCAAGUAGAAGAGCAGUCAAAGAUUCACCGAGAAGUAGUAAGCACAGAGAUCCAAGGACGCGGCCAAGAGGUUGACAAGCAGAAAGUCACUCGCAAGAACAAUCGUAGCUCUGGUGGACAGGAUACGAAGAGUGAGAAUAGUAGCCGGAGGCAGUCCGAUGUAGGGAAAGAGACUUCGAGCCCACCAGACUCAUCAAGAGCAAGUCCAAGAUCCUCCAAGCGAACUCUGAAUGGUACGACGAGAUCUUCAUCGAACGUAGAUUCUGUCUCUGACCGUCCGCGUACGAAAGAGACAUCGAAGGACUCUUCGGCCCAAUCCCCGAAGACUGAGCCACCGACACACCGACGCUCUGCUUCAGCUGUCUCCCAGUCUUCAGGUUUCACCGGAUCAAAACUCGGGGAGGCCGACCGGAGGGACUCUACAUCUGAUCGGCUGCGUGGUAAGGAUCUAUCCAAGAGGUCACUAGCAACCGAGUCGAAGAAUGAGCCACCAACACGCCCGCGUUCAGCCUCUGCCAUCAUCCACAGUUCGGGCCAUACUGAAGAAAGACCAAAAGAGUUUGAACGAAGGAGUUCUAGUCGGAGCGAAGUUGUAGACCGAUGCCAAAGCGCUACCCCUGACAAGGGGCGCCGUCCACCCUCUGCCGUCUCCCGCUAUUCAGAUCGUACUGGAAAGAAAGUGAUAGAGCUAGAGAGAGUGAGCUCUACACGGAGGGACAAGGCGCGCACUACAUCUCUGGAUAGAAAAGGGGAAGGGAAAACUGAAGCGAAGAAAGCGCAAGCACCGUCGAAACCAGAGGGUGCAGUGGUCAUACAAGACAAAAAACGUGAACGAGGGGAUGAUAAGGAGAAGGCAGGCAGUGACAGUUCGACCGCAUGGAGACCGCAAACUUCGGACGAUUCGGCACGAGCCAGCAGAAGAGGUUCGGUAGAUGCAGAAAGAAGAGAUUCGGACAGUUUGAAGACACCCGUGGGCCGCAGCAAACGCCGUUCAGAACAGCCUUCACCCACUUCAGAACCAAACGAAAGGCAAGACUCUGAACCGAAGGUCACUUCGAAUCGCGCGCGUCCAAGGGAUGAGAGGGUAUCGCGAACGGUUUCGGCACCCUCAAUAACGGUAACAGAGCCUGCGCCUUCGAGACACGCCGCGAAACGGAAGCAAGACCAAGAGCAACCUAUUGUCGACGUAGAAGCCCGAAUCAAGACCGAAAGAGAAAGGCCUAGGAGCUCACAGUCCAACUAUGAGGUAGCUUCUUCAACCUCAGAUACCGCAAGAAAACAAAAGUCUCGUUCUGCGUCGACUGGUUCGAGGAAGGCGGAAGAGAAACGCCGGGAACAGGACGAAGAUGCAAAGAAGCCGGCGCAAGCGGGAGAAAUGAUUACCCAGCAAGAGGGGAAAGAAGCAAAGAAGAUUUUGGAGCGCCAAGAUAAGGAGGAGGAAAGACAACAGGAGGAAGCUGCGGAAGAGGCAAGAAGGAAACAAGAGAUAGAGGCUAAGCGAAUACACGUGCGCGAAGCAAGAGAAAAGAGAAGGAAAGAGAAAGAGUUAGCUGAGCAAGCAGCAGAAGCCGUGAGAAGAACAGAGGCAUCGAAAGUGGAGAAGAACAGGCGUAAUGAUGAAGCUCAGAAACAAGUUGGGGAGCCAUCGAAGAAGUGUCUAGAAGUAGAAAACACGGAGACACAACAACACAACCAAGGAGCCAGCAAGCAGACAGCCACGGGGCCACUGGAUGAUGAACCAACACAAGACCAUGCGAAUGUAGGAAGAGCAACAAGACAGAAGCUAGAAGAAGAACCCUCCAGUAAGACGCGAAGCAAUACACCGAAGAAGCAGCCUCGAGAAUCACUGCCAAGGAAAGACCAAAAGGAAGAACAUCCGAAGGCUGAAGAUGAGAACCUCAAUAAGACGUUGGUAGACACAUUUGAGACGCAACGCCAGAGGAACCCGACACGAAAAGAUAAGAAAGAGGAACUGACGAAUGCGAUCUCCAGUACGGUCAACCAGCGGACCCUUCCCGAGUCCAUUGGUGCCCAGCCAGGGACGAUUGAUAAGAUUUCGAUACCAGUCGACAGCGCAAAAGCGAGCCCGAAGCUGUCCUCAUCAGCGGAUCAGGUUACUAAAGAACAGGUAUCUGAGCAAAUACCGUAUGAGAAGCUUGUGUCCAGUACGAGUAUCCUCCCUUCAACCGCAGUAGCGGUAAAGGGCGAGUCAUCCAGCCCCCUUACAUCAGCCGAGAUGAGACUGGAAAAAUCGACCGCGCCUGAAGGCAUUCAGAACAAUGUGCCUGAAGCGUAUAGUACACAAGAGCUGGGCGAUACCAGUACUGCUAUCAAGGACCGAAUCACAAUGCCUGAGGAUGAACGGUGCGCUCAGACAGUGUCUUCAGCAAAUACCACCCACACAGAAUCGAGCGCAAAGACCGAAGAUCCAGAUGAGCCGCAGUUGCCGCGAUUCGUCAGUCAGGCUCCAGUACUCACAGCACACUCUGAAUCAGUUGCGGAGCCAUCCGUCAGAAUAGAUGAUGUACCUGCAAAAGAGCGGAUAGUCAGUACCUCGAUGUCUUGGUUGGGAAAGCAGGGGAGACAAUUCGUGGAGCUGCUUACCGCAAUCCCGACGUCCAAGCCCACGCUGGAAGAGAAUCCAGAGUACAAUUUUAGCCAAACUGAUAAGGUGGAAUCUUCGCAGCAGUCUUCAAUCGCGCCCAAGAUGGUCCCAGAACUAAGCGCGUCAGUGGAGAAACCAGAGGAAGAUAACAACAGGCUUAAAUCCAAGAUAUCGGUCGAAACACAAUCUCAGAAUCACAUGCGGUCCGAAUCUGUUCCCACCAUCCGUACGGAGACUUUCAAGGCUGCUGCAAAAGAAAGCCCUGUGCCUGGUGGGUGGCAUCAUGAUUUUGAUGAACCAGGACCAGUUCGGAGCCUAAGGAAAGUGCGAUCCAAUGAUCAAUUAGGCAAAGGAGACUUGCCAGUAUUACAGACGGAAGACGCGAAACACAAGCGUGCCUCGUCUGUUAGCGCCAUGGAAAGAAGCAUAUCCGACAUGGGUAGCGCGCCCAUUAAGAAUUGGAGUGAUCAGGAUGCGAUCAUAGCCGACGAGUGGUUCGAAAAUCUGCGCAAGCAUGCACAUGGACUCUUGGACACGUACGAGAACGACUGCUACAAGGCGAAGAAAACAGAGCGGCGUGUGAAGAUCGCUGUACUCGACAGUGGAGUAGCUAGGAGUCCUGCCCGGGGCCCAGUCCCGUCGCUGAUGAAGGGCCCUCGAGUAAAGUUAGGAAAGCAACUGGAUCCAUCCCUGCCUUGGAAUUAUGACAGCAAAGGCCACGGAACCCAUGCCGUUGGUGUGAUCCUCACGGUCUGCCCGUACGCCGAUGUGUAUGUGUACAGGGUUUGUGAAGGUAACGAGCCGAUUAACAGGACGUACGUAGCGGACUCCAUCACCGACGCUGUCGAGAAGAAGAAGGUCGAUAUCAUCAGUAUGAGUUUCGGCUGGGAAGAAAACAGUGACCACAGACUUCGGGCGGCCAUUGAACGUGCCAGAGCCAGCAAUGUUCUACUCUUCGCAGCGAGUUCGAAUGACGGUAUCCGGACAAGAGCCGGCAUGGCGUACCCAGCUCGGGCCUUGGAGGUCAUUGCCGUCGAUGCAGCAGACGUUCAUGGCAACUCGUCCAAGUUCAACCCACCGCAAACAAGAGACAAAGCCAGGUUCACUGCGCUGGGUGAAGCUGUAAGAUCCACUUACCCUAUGCACCUUCCUUCGGAAGAUGAGCCGGGUUGGAAGAGAAUGGUAGGGACAUCUUGCGCGACACCCAUCGCUGCCGGCAUCGCAGGACUAGUAUUGGAGUUCGCCCGUCAGCGGCCGCUUUGCUUCGAACCUUCAAUUGAAGCCUAUCUCAAGUCAGUAGAGGGUAUGAGGUUAAUUUUGACCAAAUGCUUGUCGCUCAAGUAUUCGGACAGCUCACCAUUCAAUCUUCUUGACCCGACAAUAUUGUUCCGUCGAACCGAGAAUUCUGAUGACGGAGGUGGCUUGUCUAACUUUAUGUCUCCACGGUUGAAGGCAGCGAACAACAUCGUGACGAGGCUACAGGAGGAGUACUCGCGAGAUAUCGGAACGCAAAUGUCGGAGGAGCUUGGGAAAGUGUGGGUCGGAGGCGCCUAG